AUGAUGUCAAAUUCUUUUGAUCAUGAAAACAGGGACAGUUGGUAUUUUGGUGCCAUAAACCGACAAGAAGCCACAGAUUUGUUAAUGAAUGAAAAAGAAGGUGGUGUAUUUCUGGUUCGGGAUAGUGCUUCAUGUGCUGGUGAUUAUGUACUUUGCGUCAAAGAGGACAGCAAAGUAAGCCAUUAUAUAAUAAACAAAAUACAAAACAACGAUGGGGUUAAAUACCGAAUUGGUGAUAGGACUUUUCCUGAUUUACCUAAAAUAUUAAGCUUUUACAAGUUGCAUUAUUUAGAUACUACUCCGCUUAUUAGGCCGGCUUCUAAGAAAGUCGAAAAAGUUAUUGCUAAAUUUGAUUUUACUAGCAAGGAAAAGGACGAUUUAUGCUUUAAGAAAGGGGACAUUUUAACAAUUGUUUUUAAGGAUGAGGAGCAAUGGUGGACUGCUAAAACUAGCGACGGAAAAACUGGACUCAUACCAGUGCCAUACGUUCAAAAACUUGAAGAUAGCCAUUCUCCAGUAGAUAACCCCAGACCGGGUUCUGGAGAGCCAAUCAGCAGUUUGGGGGCACAAUCUGAACCAGGGAGGCGAAGUCAAAUACAGCGAAAAUUGCCAGCCCAUGCUAGGGUGAAACAAGUGAGGGUGCCUAAUGCAUAUGAUGAGACUGCUUUAAAGCUAGAAAUUGGAGAUACAAUUCUUGUAACAAAAACGAACAUAAAUGGACAAUGGGAGGGAAUUUUGAAUGGUAAAACUGGUUAUUUUCCAUUCACUCAUGUUGAAUUCAUUGAAGAUGACACCUAA